GAUUUCAGUCAACAGGCAGCUGUCGUUGGAAACUGUUUGGUCCAAAAGUAUUCUUGUGCGUUGCGUGUCACGCUCGACGUUGAUCAUGCAUAUAUUUAAGACGUUGUUUUCCCAGUUGGACCGCCAUCGUGUCUUUUACCUUUUGUGGCUACUCUUCUUACUCAACGUCUUCACCUUCAAACAACUGACAUUAACCGAGGAUGACGUUGAUAGUAAAGAGUUGGUAGUUAUCAAGCGCAUUGACCGAUCCGCUUUUCGGCAACUUGAUAUGAAAAAAAUUCUUAUGUGGAAUCCGUGGUAUGGCGACUUUGGGUUCGCAUUGGAUGAUGAUUUUGCCUUCAGUCGUGUCGGAUGUAAAUUUACAAAUUGUAUCCUGUCUAAAAAUAAGAAAAUAGUUACCCCAGAACGUGCAGAUGCCAUCGUCUUCCUUUAUACCAACUUGUGUGAAUUACCAAAAGUCCACGGGCGCCAAGAAUACCAGCGAUUUGUGUUGUUAACUGAUGACCCCCCGAUGUGCUAUCCGCGUAAUUACUUCGAACGAAAUAAUCUUUUUGGAAGUUUCUUCAACUGGACAAUCUCGUAUCGAGAAAAUGCCGACGUAACAUGGAAAAGAGGCUGGAUCGAGAAGCUGGACAAACCUACCAAGAAAAAUUCCUUCUCACAGAUGCGAUUGCGAACAAACAAAAAGAAAAAGAAACUAGUCGGUUGGUAUGUCGCUCGCUGUGGGUCCAUGAGCAAGCGAGAAGGAUACAUCAACGAGUUGAAAGAAUAUAUACAGGUGGAUAGUUUCGGUCCGUGUGGAAAUUUGAGCUGCCCAGAAACAAACGGAUCGCCCGGGGAAGCUCUACAACCUUGCCUUGAUAUGCUAGCAGAUAACUACAAAUUCGUACUGGCAUUCGAACGUUUCAUCUGUGAUGAUUUCGUUACCAAAAGAUUUUUUGAUCUCCUCAGUCGCGACACAGUUCCUAUUGUCUUUGGGGGUGCAGACUAUACUCGAAUAGCACCACCACAUUCCUUCGUUGAUGCUCUUUCAUUCAACCCAAGACAGUUAGCUGAUCGUUUACUAGAACUUGAUAAAAGUGACCGCCAAUACUAUCGACACUUUUGGUGGAAAGAUUUUUACCAGGUACAUUCUGGAUAUCAAGAACUAUCUACCCGUCCGUUUUGCGACUUGUGCGAAAAGCUAAAUAGCAAUCUACCACGAAAAGUUUAUCGUGAUAUCGAUGCAUGGUGGUACAACAGCACCAAAUGUUCCGGUCCAGAAGAUCGUGGUAUCGUGAUACGUAAUAAAGGUAACGAGGAUCUGCACAGCAUUCAAAUCCCUUGGUCUUUGGAUGAUUAGUUAAAUCAAAGUAUUGAAAUCGCUCAAGUCAACAACUAAAAAUCAUUAACAGCGAGCUUACGCUUUCUGUAUUCUGCAAAUGUAAAUGUCGUGAUGCGUGAAUUUUCCGUCCAAUAAGAAUACAACAAAUAUUGUUUCGUGUGUCUUCCCUUUUUGUCAUCAUUCAUCGUCAUUACUCAGCACCCCUUGUGUCUGCUUUUGUAAUUAGAUUUCGUAUUUAUUUGUUACACUACUGUAUGCAACUGAAGAGUAAAAAUCACUUAAAUACACUGGUAACGCUAA